GGCUUGUCUCAUCUGUCACUUUAUACACUAGAAGAUAUGCAGGCCAGUAAUCGUGCUUGACUGUCCCGUGCAGAAAUGAGAAGUCAAGGUCAUGGACAAGAGAAGGCAGGCAGCUAUGAAGAUAGGAAUAGCCUGAUUUCACUUGUAGCCGUAGCCAGCUGCGAGAGUGACCUAGAGCCUACUACAGCUGCCUGGUCUUUGCAGACAAGACUUGUUGCCGGAGCUACUUUGUUUGGUAGGUUAGGUGUCUCCUUUCAAACGGAGUGCCAAUGACUGAGCAAACAUCUAAGUCUCCUUUCCCCCAUUCACACCAAAAGAAGCAGUGGCAAGAGUAACACAGAUAGAGCGGUCAUGUAAGAUGUCAACCUGAUUCUAAUUUUG